CCGGCCGGGAAUCGAACAGCCAACCUUCAGAUUACUAGCCCAUAGCUCUAACCGCUCAGCCACCUGACUCCCUGGUGGCCUGGUUGCUUGGAAUUCUUUGAUCCGGCUCCUCUUGACAGUUUCCAAGUGGCCUGUUUAAACUUAUAAUAAAUAAACAAGCUUAUAAUAAAGAAGUCCUAAUGCUAUAUAAGACAUUAGUACUGACUUCACUCGUGUGUGUCUCUCUCUCACAGCCUUACCUUGAACACCCCCUGGUGCCUCUAAAUGAGAUUGUGACAGAGCCUGUUGAAAAACAAAAUCCCAGGAACACUACAGAAUCUCCAUCACCUACUAGGAUGGUGAACAAGGGACCACAGCCUCCUGUGAUGAAGAUGGAGAACGUGGAGAUAGAGAUGGAGAUGUUUCCGUAUACAAGGAUGACUGAGGAGGACCUGGCGGACAGAUGGUCUAACGCCUCUUCGGUAAAGUUCACAGAAAGAAACACCCAUGUGGCGAAUCAGCUAGAAUCUGCAUUUGUUUAGUCUUCCUUAUGAAACAAGUUGGAGGCCUGAUGUCUUCCACUUAGUACAUGAGAGGAAGGAGUGAAGGUCUCCACACUUUGUUUUGUUGGGGGUGGGAGAAGGUGAGGGUUGUUUCAACCCUUACUGCUGUGUUAGAAUACCUGCGCUGGAUGUUGAAGUCAUACAAAGUCAGUUUGACCCUCCUCUCCAUCCAGACCCCCGUGACGCCCGCCCCCGAGGCCCCCCACAGCUCACCCACCAAGCUGAAGUGGAGGAGGCCGGUGCCGGAGAAGAGGGGUCUGGUGGUGAAGGAUGUCGUCUGUCUGCCCAGCGGGCACCCUCGGGGCCAUGAGCUCAGUCACAGCGUGCCGUGGGGCAGGGAGAGGGCAGAGCUGGAAGCCCUAGGCCUCGUUACCAGGAUGUCCAUCGACGAAUCCUGGAGUGCCCAUGAGAUGGAGAGUCGUCUGGCUUCUCUAUUCAAGAGACGGUUCUCCAGCAAACAAGGGCAGGCGGUCUCUUUUACCUACCUCAAGGUAGUUAAUAUCACAUUCAGACAAAUGUUAUGUGAAAGCCGACUUGGCUCUUAACUAUAGACUUACUUUCGUGUGUGUGUGUGUGUGUGUGUGCGCGCGCCAGUGUCUGCAGGGCUCUCGGGUGUUAUUUAUCCCUGACUUACCGCCUCAGUUGGAUUGGACCGGGAAGCAAGUGCUGAAGAUCACAGGACAUGGACCCCUCUAUGUCCUCUGUCACCAUGAUUACACUGAGACAAAAAGUGACUGUGUGGCUGACUGUGAUCAAGCUUUGAAACGACAGGAGUUAUGUUGGGAUGCCAAUAAAGAUGGUAUACAUGACGUUAACCCUCGGGAUGAAAUUAGGGUAGAAUCCCGUUUAUCUACCCCCACUGUUGAAGAAGUAAGUUUUCAAAUUAAUAAGAAAUGAAUGCUCUAGAGUUAUGUACAGUGCAACGUCAUUUUCUUUGGGGGUGAGUAGAGGCAGGUAGUGGUGAGAAACACCAGUCUUCUCGCCUAUGAAGUACUGGUAGUCUUUCCAGGAGACUUUGGAAGUAGAUGCCGUCCUCAGACUGUUCAGGGAACAGAACAUGACUCCAGAUGUCCAGACCCAUUUUCAUGUGCCGAGGUCGGCAAUCCUCAGCAGUGCCUUCGCAGCCUUGAAGAAUCCCUCCUUCAGCUUCAGGACGACUCCCAUUCUCCACUUUGUCGGAGAUGAUGACCAAGGGCACGAGGGGUCGCUUGGAGAGUUCUUUAGACUGGCACUGCUGGAGGUGCAGGAGAGCUCGCUAUUGGAGGGCCAGCCAGGCCAUCUGUUGAUGACCUAUGACCUGGUCGCCUUGGAAGAAAGGCGCUACUUUGCUGCUGGAGCACUGGUGGGCUGGUCGCUGUGCCAUGGAGGACCAGGCCUUCGCUGCCUUCACCCGGCCCUCUACCAGCUCAUGUGUGGCCACAACCCCUCAUUGGAGGACUUUGACUGGAGGGAGGUGGCGGAUGCAGACAUUCAGGUCCAACUGCAACAGCUACGGACUUGUGGCUCCAUCCAGAAGCUCAGCCCCAGGCUGUGUGAGUGGGUGGCAGACUGUGGCCUCCCAGAGUUCUACACAGCCCACACCAGAGAGCUUCCCUCCAUCUAUGCUUGUGUGGUCGAACACUACAUCUACCACAGGUUGAAUAGCAUGAUCUCACAGUUUACAGAGGGUGUGAACAGCUGCGGUGGUCUAUGGGAUAUCAUGAAAGCUCACUCUGCGGCCUUCCUGCCUGUCAUGACAAACACCCCAGAGCCUGGGUCUCACUCGAGAUGUUCCAGGUCUCCUUGACUCUCCCAGAAUCUGAUCUGACAGCAUCUGAGAGCCCCAUCACCUGUUGGGGAACAGUCCUUACGAUUGGUGGGAGGCUUUCUGUCCUGUUUGAAUUGAUCAGUUCACUUGGUUUCAUGUUUUUACUAAUGAUGUGCAGAGCCAGCAUGCAAUGGCAGUACAGUACCCACAGGGACAGUGCAAACAGUACUAUGACAAAACAGGUUUAAUGUUGUCUAUCAACAACUUACCCCUUGUGCUGCCUUCGGGUCACAAUGACCCGAAGGUUCACAACGAGCAGCAUUUUCUUUUAACCUUCGCGCUGUGGAGGUUCUGAGAAAGUGUGACGGUUAAAAGAAAAUGCUUCACUUUAUUGUGUAUUGGGUAAAGUUGACGCAACAGGACGGUGGGUCACAAUGACUGAAGAGUCACAAUGACCCGAAAGUAACACAGGGAUCAAUUAAAA